AUGCAUAAAAAUAAAUCUUUAAAUAAUCAUCAAGAAUGGGACAAUAAAUUUGCAGAGGAAUAUAAAUAUGCUCCAUUGAUAAUUACAGAAAAAAUAAGUGAAUAUACAAUGCCAAGCGAGAUUUUGCUUUAUGAUCCAACAGAAGAUGAUAUAUUUACAAAAUUUCAUGUGGGGUCUUCAAACGAAUUUAAAAUCCGUCAGAUAUUUUUGCAUGUAGAAUUACUUAAACAUGAGGAAGAAAUGUUAAUUGAAUUUGAUAACUUUUUAACUGAGAAAAAUAUAAAGUUACCAGAGUUCAUUAAUCCUCUAAUUUUAAGGGUUCUAAUGUUUAAUAAAAGACGUCAUCCAAAUACUUAUAUACAAAGAUCAAUGAAUCAUUUAAUAAGCAUGUUUAAAUGGAGGGUUUCAAUGUAUCCGUUAAGUGAUAUGGAAAGUGAUUUAAGAAAAGAUUUAGAAUCUGGAAUUAUUUAUUGGCAUGGAAGAGAUUAUUGUUUAAGACCAAUUUUAACCAUAAGAUUAUCAAAAGUUAAUAAACUUUUUCCUUUGGAAAGAUUUAUUAGAUUAAUAGUAUUUUGUAUGGAAUGGGGAAUGAGGUAUUUAAUGUGUCCUGGCAAAGUUGAAACAUGUUUGGCUCUUAUUGAUAUUAAAGGAGUCAGUUUAACUUCUUUUCCUAUUUCUACAAUGAGCGAGAUAUCAUCAUUAUUAACCAAUCAAUACUCUUUCAGACUUUAUAGGAUGUUUAUAUUACAUGAUUCACUUUUCAUUCAGACUGUUUGGAGUCUAAUGAAGCAAUUCCUUACGGACUUACAACAACAUAAAAUCAUAUUAAGUAGAAACGAAAUCAAAUCACAAUUAUUUAAAACCGUUCACCCAAAUCAAGUCGAGGAACAUUUUGGUGGGUUACAAAAGAACAUAGUUGCUCCAUUUUACCCUUUUGUUUUCCCACCUGGGCCUUUUUCAGAUCCAAAAUUACAUCCAAAAAAUGGUGUUACACGUAUUAUUAAUCAAUUUAAUAACAUUCAAAUGGAUAGUUUUAAUAAAGUUACAAAUUGUCAUCUUUUAUUCAAUCAAUUUAAUGUACUUGGUAAGCUAUUAUACAACAAUAGUUCACAAAAUAAGAUCAUUUGGGAUGAAAAAGGACUUGAAGAACUUAAGAAUUCUAUCUCAUCCUAUUUAAAUAUUAACCUUGAGAAUGAUAAAAAUCCCAAUAGUUUAAAUAGUACUGCUAAUUCAACUAACAAUCGCACACAUAAUAAUCAUUAUAAUCUUCACAAUAAUAAUUAUCUGGAAAAUAACUUUUCAAAAAAAAAUAUACAAAAUUCAAAUCAAAAAUAUAAUUAUGGAGAUAUUGAACAAAUAGAAAUGACAGAGUCAAGUAGUUAUUUAGAAGAAGAUACAAACAAUAUGAAAUUAUCUACUUUAUCAUUACCAGUAAAAAAAACAUUAUCUAAUCAUAAGGAGGAAAGAAAUUUAUCAGCUGAAAUUAAUAUUGGUAUAAUCAAUACAAUUAAUAUUAAUACAGAUAUCACUAAUAUUGGUGACAUGAGCCAACAUUUUAUCAGGGAAUAUUCGGUAUUAUCAGAAUCUCCAAAUUUGGCUGAGAACAUUGCAAUGAUUAUUGAAGACUCUCAAAGUUUCUUUUCAGCUUCUUCAAGUUUGUAUAUUAAUGAUGAUAAUGACAAUGAUAAUGAUCAGCAUAUUGAGGAUUUGCAUCACAGCUUAUUAAUAGAUAAUCCUUGCUAUGAUCAUGGUAUAUUUCAGUCUUUUGGAGUAUUACCAAUAACUAUGGAGAAUUUUAAGCAUUCUGGAAAAAAAGCAAAAAGUUCUUUAAAGUCAUUAGAUUCUCGCAAGAAUAAUGUAAUUCACCAAAGUAGCAGCGAUUCAUUAAAUUUAAGUAAUACAUGUAGUUCGCAAGUUUCAAGCCUUAUAAUAUCUGACAAUUCUAAUGAGAUCAAUUGUAAUACUCAAAUUGUAGAAAAUACAAAAAGUAACGAAGAAAUUUUAAACCAAACACAAGAUUUAAAGAAUUUGAAUGAUAUACCAUAUAAUAAAUGUACUUUACCACAAGAGGAUGAUAGCCAAAUCAUAGUUGAAAGAUCAUAUCUGGUUUUAUCUCCACCUAUUAUUGAUAAUAAUAGACAUCCUGUUUCAUCUUUAAAUACUUCUUCAUGUUUAAGCUCAAUGGGAAAUACCAAAUUAAGUGAUUCUUUUAGUUAUGUAAGCAAAUCUAAUGAGAAUCCUAGAAUUUCAAGAAAGAGCAGAAUUAAAUCAAAGAUUUCCAAAGUAAUUAAUAGAAUAAAAACUAAAAGUUCUAUUAUUGAACAUUUCUAA